UGAACGCAUCGGAAAAUUCUCGAUCGUUGCUUUGACAACUGUUUGUUUUUGAUUGGCUAAAAUUUUUAGAGGAAUAAAAUAAAAAUUUAUGCAGUCGAUUUCAUUCAUAUUAGUGAUUCUAAUAGACUAAUCAAUAAACGAGUGUUUGUUUUGUAUCAGGCUCAAACGAAGAUGGCUGAAAUAAGCCGCAAGUUAUUUCUAUUUAGUAUAUUGUUGGCAUUUUUCGGCAAUACCAGGCUAACAAAUGCAAACGAAGUCGACCAAAAUGAUGAGGCAACUGUGGAGAUUGAGGAAGAUGAUCAAUAUGUCAGCCCAGAAUUGAAUUCAGACAAUGUGUACCUGUCUGAGCAUUUUGAUGAUGAAAAUGCUUUUAAAAGGAAAUGGAUUAAAUCUGAAGCUAAAAAACAGGGAGUAGAUGAAAACAUAGCGAAAUAUGACGGAAAAUGGGAGAUUCAACAACCAAUCAGGAAGAUCCUAAAGAACGAUUUUGGACUUGUCCUCACAACCGAAGCAAAACAUGCAGCUAUAUCUACACUACUGGAUAAACCAUUUGAGUUUAAAAACAAGCCUCUCAUUGUUCAAUAUGAAGUCACUAUGCAGGAAGGACAGAACUGCGGUGGUGCCUACAUCAAGCUACUAUCAAAAGGGACUAACACGAAAGCCGAUCUACGUAAAUUCCACGAUCAAACUCCGUACACUAUAAUGUUUGGGCCGGACAAGUGCGGCAAUGAUAAUAAACUACAUUUCAUAUUCAGACAUAAGAAUCCUAAGAAUGGCACCAUUGAAGAGAAACACAGUAAGAAACCAACUCAGCGACUAGAUGACAUCUACAAAGACAAGGAACCUCAUUUAUACACUCUGAUUGUCCGACCAGACAAUACCUUCUCUAUACUAGUUGACAACAAGGAAGUCAAUGCUGGAUCUCUGCUAGAGGACUUUACUCCACCUGUCAACCCACCAGAGGAAAUUGACGACCCUAAUGACAAGAAACCAGAAGAUUGGGAUGAAAGGGAAAAGAUUGUUGAUCCUAGUGCUACCAAGCCUGAUGACUGGGACGAAACUGAGCCGGCCCAAAUUAAAGAUCCCAAUGCAAUUAAACCUGAAGGAUGGCUUGACGAUGAACCAGAAAUGAUUCCAGAUCCGUCGGCGGUGAAGCCGUCCGACUGGGACGAGGAGAUGGACGGCACGUGGGAGGCCGCGCUCGUUGACAACCCUGCGUGCGAGUCGGCGCCGGGCUGCGGCCAGUGGGCGCCCCCCACCGUGCCCAACCCUAACUACAAGGGCAUAUGGCGAGCUCCUCUGAUCCCGAACCCCAACUACAAGGGCAAGUGGAACCCGAGGCGCAUUCCGAACCCGGACUACUUCAAGGACGAUCACCCCUUCCAGAUGACACCCAUCCACGGCGUGGGGUUCGAGCUGUGGUCCAUGUCCCCGAUGCUGCUGUUCGACAACGUGCUGGUUACGGACGACUUCGCGCUGGCGGAGCGCUGGGCGCAGCAGACCUUCGUGCUCAAGAAGGCCAAGCUUUCCAGGGACUCUGAUUCGUUUUUGGACCGCGGUCUGAAGUACGCCGGGGACAAUCCCUGGGUUUACGCCGUCGUGAUCCUCGGAGCCUUCCUGGUCAUUGGCUUCGUGACCUAUCUCCUGUGCGGCCCUAAAUCUGAGCCAGAAGCAGAUCCCAAGAAGACAGACGCAUUUGUGGAAGACGACCCUCAUCAAUCGGAAGCCGAAGAGGAUCUCAAAGAGGAGGAGCCUCGGGAGAAACCCACCAAGACCAAAGCUGAUCUCGAGGGUCCGGAGGAAGAAGUCGAGAACGUAACUUUGACUACGGAGGCGAGCCCAACAGAAACAGAGGGCGCUGGCGACGGACACAGGAAACGGAAGCCUCGUAAGGAGUAAACGAGAUAGCGCUAUACGUGCGAACGAGACAGGUAUAUAUAUUAUUAUUCAACCGUUCAAUAGGACGUGUCCAUAGAAUAGUCUGUAGUAUCUUUUAGUACUUCAUUGUAUUUUAAAUGUACUGAACUUUCUAUAUUUCAGAUUUAGAAAUUUAAAUUUAGAUUUCGUUCGUUACAACAAAAUGGCGACCAUUUGACGUCGGCCAUUUUGAAUUCAAUAACGUUCUCGUUCUUGCAUUUAAAUCGUUUUUUAGAGAAAAUUUCCACUCGACUUCAUUGUGUUUAGUGCGAGUAUUUUAACGUUCUCGAUAGCGUAAAAGUUAAAUCGAAUUUGUAUGCACUCAUGCAGUUGGAACAGCGCCCCUAGCGGCAAACGUUGAGUUAACUUUUACGCUAUCGAGAACGUUAAAAUACUCGCACUACACACAGUAAUCCGUGUCGCAAGAUUUAUUGUUUAUCCUGUAUUUAACUGGCGUUCAAUAUUGAUAGUAUGCAUUGCGAUAAGUCCGGGUCGACGACCGCUUGCAGAUCCGUUUUACAUUUUGACCUUUUAAGGGCUGGCGAUAAACGCACUACCGUCGUCUAGGGGCACGCGUGGGUCGCGCGUGAGGUCGUGAGGUUAGGUAAUCAAUGAACACUGACUCGAAUGUAUGCACGCGGCCCGAGUCUAGGUCUGAAGAGUAUAUAGAAAUAAUUUCUCGAAUUACUUGCAGAGCAUUGCAUUUUUUUUUGGUUUGUCUUUUCAAAUAUAGAUAUUAUCUUUAUGUUAUUACAGUUUAUAAUUCUUUGAAUAUAUUCAUUUACGUAUGUGUGUGACUCUUCGGUAAUAUGUUUAUUUAGUUUUGCGGGUAGUAAGUAAAUGUAGCUAACGUUGUGUGUGUUGUUGUGUGCGUCGCUCCGCUGUAGUUCGUCACCAAAGAUUGUUUUGCGGCGACACUUACGAUCGUUUGAGCCGUGCGUCAGGACACAGCCGCCGAUUAUAUAAUCUGUAAUUAGUGCGGUCACCAAAAAUCCUCUAGCGACCAAUAAUAAAUAACCCGGGAUCAACGUAUGGAUCCCCUUAGAUAUAAUAAUAAUUGUAGUUUAAUAAUAAUAAUAAUAUAUUUCAAUAUAAUAAUGUAUGUAUAUGUAUGGUGGAGCUAUUAAUGUACUUUGUACAAAUUUUUUUGGUUUUUUCUUCUUUAUCUUUUACGUUAGGGUUGUAGAAAAGUAUUAAUGAUUAAUUAUAUUAUGUUAUUAUUUUAAAAUAUUUGCCGAGAGGUGAGGAGGCUAUUUGGUUUAAGCGACAUUUUUGCAACCGUACAGCCAUUUAAAUAAUAAAAUUUGAAAAAAAUAUCGUAACAAAAAAAAUUGAUUGGGGUUAACUUAAUUGAAGUUCAAUUAAAAACAUCGAUAAUGGUUGGUUCGAAGUAAGUAUCCGUUGAAUGGAAUAUUUGAAAUGUAUUCAACUGAUAAUUAUUUUUAAUAAAUGUAUCUUUUUUAUUUAAUUGGUUUUGUUAAUUGUAUGUAUGUUUCAAUGAUACUAUGUACACAUAUGGACUUGUUGUUGUCUGAAAUAAAAUAAAUCAUUCAUUCAUUCACUCAUUAAUUUGAUAAUAAUACCAAAUUAAACGGACCUUUAAUUACAAGAUCAAUUUCUCUUAUUAAGCGAAAUGUCGCUUAAACCAAAUAGCCCUACACCACUCGAUAUGUAGGUUUGUGUAUCUUUAAAAAAAACUUAUCUAAAUAUGAGAACUAUCGGCUAUUGUUAUAAUUUUUCUCCCAUGCACUGACACUCUUUAUUGCGUGUUGACUACAAGUGUGGCUUGGCUUAGGUGGAAUUUAUGUUAUUAAUUUACAUUAGAAAUACAUUUAAGAGCGCAUUUUGAACAAAACCGAUUUGAGUUUUAGAAUUGAAAAAUCGUAUAAAAACAAUGAAAUGUGUCCUCGAUUUUGAUUAAAAAUUUAAGUUUGUGUUGUGACAAAAAUCUUUAUAUAUAUACAACAUAGUAUUUUGAUUAAGAAAUGUUUUUCUUUCUUUCUUUCUAAUGUCCAAAAUUCAUUAUAUUCGUUGGGUUCAUACAUCCAGUGUAGUAGCUCCAGUGUUGAGAACAAAUGAUUUGGUCGUGUUGUCGUAUAAUGGCCUUGUAAUCGAUAUGAUAUAUACAUAUAUAUAUAUAUGUUUGCAUUUACGUAGGUGAAUAUUUGUGCGACGAAUGUUUCGAUGGACUGUAAUUUAUAUUAAUAAACCGUAUUUGUAUGUAA